UCAUUUCAUUUCAUUUCAAGAGCACUUGCUCAUAACUUGGAAGUUUAAAGAGAGAGCUAGCAAGGUUCUGAAUUAAUCAUCGAUGGCUUCGGCUAACGGCGGCGUUCCACCGGGGUUCAGGUUCCAUCCGACGGACGACGAGCUGCUUCAUUACUACUUGAAGAAGAAGAUUUCGUUUGAGAAGUUUGAGAUGGAGGUGAUUCGAGAGGUGGAUUUGAACAAGAUUGAGCCUUGGGACUUGCAAGAGAAAUGUAAGAUUGGGUCGACACCACAGAAUGAGUGGUACUUUUUCAGCCACAAGGACAGGAAGUAUCCAACAGGCUCCAGAACCAACAGAGCUACCAAUGCAGGGUUUUGGAAGGCAACAGGAAGAGAUAAAUGCAUCAGGAACAGCUUCCAGAAGAUUGGAAUGAGGAAAACCCUUGUCUUUUAUCGCGGCAGGGCUCCUCAUGGCCAAAAGACCGACUGGAUCAUGCAUGAGUAUAGGCUUGAAGAUGGUGAAAAUGAUCCUGAUGGAAAUCUCAUGUCCAAUGGCGAAGAUGGCUGGGUGAUCUGCAGAGUGUUCAAGAAGAAAAACUUGUUCAAAAUCGUGAAUGAAGGAGGGGGAGCAGCUAGCUCAGUUUCGGACCAGCUCAACAACAUCAAUUCAUCAAACAACAUGCUAUCUCACCGCGAAAAUCAUCACCAAUAUCUCCUCCACCAGCAAACCCAACAAACCUUUGAUCUCGGCCUCAACAACUACUCCCACAACAUCAAUCCAAUGGCAUUAUCUCAAUACAAUCAUCACCAGCACCUUGAAGCCCAAAACUUCAUCCCUACUAGUCAUCACAAAGGCACAAUUGGCUACGACUACCCCACACUCCCAUCCGAGUCACCCCUAAUGAUCAAACAACUCAUGACAAAUCCUAGAGACCAAUGUGAGAGUGGGAGUGACAAUCUUCGGUACCAAACGUGUGACACUGGACUCGAAGUUGGCACGUGUGAACCGUCUUCGCAGAACAUGGUUGGAGAUGGGAGAAAUGAUCAUGAUCAGGCACUGAAUGGCUGGGGAAUGAUUGAUGGUCAGGAUAUGCCGAAUGCAAGUAACUCCUCCAUGCAUCAUGAUCAAAUUCAUCAGCUCUCACUGCGUGGAGAUUUCUGGAACUAUGGGAAGUGACUGUGUUUAGUACAUUUUGCUUUAUUAUCAACAUUGAUUAUUUUCUGUGUAAACAUUUCUGAUUAAGUAGAUAUUGGAGCUGCUGGACAUAAUAAGCAUGUGUGUGGCUCUUAAACUAUAUACUACCAAUUUAUAGUACUAUGAACAUUAUUUAUCGGAAUUUAAGAAGUCUGAAUUUGAAUGUACACUCAUGUUAUUUCUGGGAAUAGAUA